AUGAUUGCUCUGUUUAGAAAUAUACAACUGCAUUUAUUAUCAUUCAAAAUAAUUUCAGAAGAAAUAAUUGAUGUAGAAUCUUGUAUUUUAUAAAUGAUAGGAUACGAUAUAAAUAUCAUAGUUCCAUAGUUAUACUUCUCGGAAGCAAAAUCUAAAUUAGUUGCUAAACAAGGAGAUAUUCAAUAAUUAAUUGAAUUCUCAAAAAUAUUUAUCAGAUUUCUUCUUAAAUAUUCAUGUUUGUAGUAUGAAUCUAUUAUUAUAUUCCUUGAGCAAUAAAUAUGGCUAAGAAAUUAUAAAUAAUAAUAAUAGCAGAUCUGUUAAAGAAUGAUGAUAUUCUUAUUGGAUAAUAACUAAGAAGCAAAUAUUUAGACUCAAAAAAAAAUAUAAGAAAUGACUUAUUAUUUUGAUUAAUGUAGACAAAUUCUAAAAAGCUGA